CCAGUUGGAAAACAAAAAACAGAAACAGAAACAGAAACAAAAAUCAAAUCAAAUCUAUGUCCUGAUAACUUCAGUUAAUCAAACGGUCCAAAUAUCACAUGAAGCCUCCAUCUUGUCCGAAAAUCCAUCAAAAUCCAAUUAUUAAAUUUCUACAAAGUACUUGCAUUUUCGGAGAAAUGCCGUAAUUGUCUCAUCAACCGAGAAUUUCUUUUUUUCCACCAAAAUAAUUGAAAACAAUUCCAAUAUUGUAUUGCCUCUUGCUUUUGUUUUGCUUUCACUUGCAGAAAGAGAAAAAAGAUCAGACAUUAACAUCAUCAACCAACACAAGGUUGCUCUUCCUUCCUUCCUUCCUUCUUUAGAUCUCUCUCUCUCUCUCUCUCUCUCUCCACUAAACCUCACAUUUGAUGUCUUCUGUCAUCAUCAUUACAUGAAUCUUUCUCAAAUUGAGGUAGACUAUCAAUGGAUGUUAUCAUUGUUUGAUUUACUAAAAAACCCAGUUUUCUUCUUUUAGUUUUAUUUGCCAAGAUCUGACCUUUCACCAAAAAUGUACCUUAAAGUUUCAAACUUUUCACCUCCUAUUAACAACCCUCAAAGCCUUGGAAUUGGAUCUACUCACAUUCUCUCAAAACCCUUUUGAUCCGUGACCAAAAUCUAGCAGAAAUAUUAGCCCUUGUUUGUAAACCUACUUAUUUACAAAACAUACCCUCCAAUGGCCAUGCUCUGGUAGCCAAUUUGUUAGAUUCUUGUGUUGUGUGGCUUAAAGUUUGAGUCUUUCUCAUAAUGUUGAGGCAAAUCUUGAGUAAGCUUCCAAGAAAAUCUUCAAAAACUGACUCAGCUGAGUCAGCUCGGCCUGAGUCUCCAGUAACUCAGCAGAUAUCCAAUGGCUCAAGUGCAGGUUCGGGGAAGUCAUCCAAUGGUCCAAAAAGAACGUCUUCUGUUGUAUUUCCAGCUAGUGUGGUUGCUGGGAUUGAGCCACUUGUGCCAUUCAAAGACGUGCCUAGUGCAGAGAAGAUGAAUCUCUUUGUGAGCAAAGUAAGCCUGUGUUGCGUAACUUUUGAUUUCAGUGACUCAAGUAAGAAUACACUUGAAAAGGAUGUAAAGAGACAGACUUUGCUUGAACUUGUUGAUUUUGUGGCUGCUGGGUCUAUGAAAUUUAGUGAACCUGCCAUUUUAGCUAUGUGUAGAAUGUGCGCUGUUAAUUUGUUUAGGGUGUUUCCUCCGAAUUAUAGGUCUAAUUCGAGUAGCAUUGGCGAGAAUGAUGAUAAUGAUGACCCAAUGUUCGAUCCUGCGUGGCCUCAUCUGCAAAUUGUGUAUGAUUUGUUGCUUAGAUUCAUCAAUUCUACGUGCUUAGAUGCGAAAGUUGCUAAGAAGUACAUAGACCAUUCGUUUAUAUUGCGGCUGCUUGAUUUGUUUGACACGGAGGAUCCAAGAGAAAGGGAGUGCUUAAAGGCUAUAUUGCAUAGGGUUUAUGGGAAGUUUAUGGUGCACAGGCCAUUUAUUCGAAAGUCUCUGAGCAAUAUAUUCUAUAGAUUUGUGUUUGAGACUGAGAGGCAUAAUGGGAUUGCAGAGUUGUUGGAGAUUUUUGGGAGUAUAAUCAGUGGGUUUGCCAUGCCUUUGAAAGAGGAGCACAAGAUUUUCUUAUGGAGGGUUUUGAUUCCUCUGCAUAAGCCGAAGUCUGUGGGAGUUUACUUUCAGCAGUUGUCAUAUUGUGUGGUACAAUUUAUUGAGAAGGAGCCCAGGUUGGCGAGCAUGGUGAUAAAGGGGAUACUGAAAUACUGGCCAAUAACUAAUAGCCAGAAGGAGGUAAUGUUCCUGGGUGAGUUGGAAGAGAUUUUGGAAGCAAUUAGCAUGGUGGAGUUUCAAAAGGUCAUGGUUCCAUUGUUCUGGCGGAUCGGAUGCUGCAUUAAUAGUCUCCACUUCCAGGUGGCUGAAAGAGCCCUCUUCUUAUGGAACAAUGACCAAAUUGUCAACUUGAUUGCUCACAAUAGGCCUGUGAUUCUGCCCAUCAUAUUUCCAGCAUUAGAAAAGAAUGCCCAUGACCAUUGGAACCAAGGGGUGCUCAAUUUAACUCUAAACGUCAGGAAGAUGUUCUCAGAGAUGGAUGAUGCAUUGUACCUGGCCUGCCUUGAUCAGUUCAGGGAGGAUGAAGGAAGGCAAAGCGUAUUGGCUGAGCAGCGGAAGGAAGCAUGGCAGCGGCUGGAGUAUGCUGCCAGUCUCAAGCCAAUAACUAGAAACACAGCCGUUUUGGUAACUCCUUUGGCGACCUCAAUUGCCUGUUAAGUCCCAUGGUGUUAUCCUCCUUCGACGGAGUCGGUUUCCAAAGCCAGGAAAAGAAAAUGCUGCUCUAGUAGUCUGGGUUGUAGGAUUUUUUUUGGAUGGUCCUGUGACAGCCAGUUAUUGUAACUUGGGUUGGUCCUGUAUUUCCUGUUGCUACUGUAUGGAAUAUUAAUUAUUGCUUCCUUGGUGUAAGGUUAUGAAGGAAGGACCAUGCAGUGGAUUAUACCAUUUUCUGUCAGCUAGUUUAGUUUA